AUGACCUACAAGAAGGUGACCACGUGCGAGCACGUCGCCACCACCCGCAAGGCACCCGGCACCGUCCCCGCAGGCUCCCUCGCCGCCGAAUCAGUCCACAAGGGCGGCGCCUUCGCUUCCAACCCAGGCCAGCACGAGCAGGCCCCCCAGAAACGGUCCCAGCAACCACAGGCGGCCCAGUCCGCCUCCCGGAGCGGCGGUGGCGGCACCACCGACAAAACCACCCUCCUCAACCUGGAAAACCAGCAAACCGCGCGCGGCAUCCACACGAACACCGGCAAAACAACCUCUGAAACCGGCGGCCACUCCUCUGGCAGCAGCAGCCUCCCCAACCAACAAUCCUACGGCGGCGCCGCACCAUCCUACCUCGCCGGACAGCAGCGGCGGGACCCGGCCGGCCCGCACGGCAGGAACCUGCGGGAGGGCGGAUUUGAGGGACGUGGGACUGGGGCGGGCCCGCUGCCGGAGCCGGGCAGCGCUCAGGAUCCGGCGCGGGCUGCGGUGCGCGGGGUGACGGCCGCGGCGGUGUCGGGUGGGGGGCGGAUACCGCGGCGGGCUGGGGGGUUUGCUGGGAUGGGGAUUAGGUUUGGGGAUGCGGAGGUGGUGAGUUGGUAA